GUUGAGGAGGGGGCCGGCCGGCCGGGGCGGCUCCGGCGGGGAGCGGCAGCGGGCCAGGGCUGCCGCCAUCUCAACCCGGCCAUCUCAGCCCGGCCCGGCCCAGCACAGCCCGCGAGCUCGGGAGCCACUGCCGCUGAGCUUCCGGGGAGGGUGCCGAUCAGUACCCGCAGGUACUCUGUUCCCCGAGGGACGGCCUCUGCCCAGAGUCCUUGCUGCAGCGGGUGAGUGCUGUGAGUCCCCUGUCCCGCCGCCAGGGAGCUACUAUUCGGGGCUGGAAAGUUGCAGAGGGCGGCGAGCCCGGGAUGCGGCGAAGGGCUGCGGAGCUAACAUGAUUUCUUAGCUGCUUUCCCAAAUUAACAUGAGAGAGUCGCUGGAUCUGGGAAUAUCCACUGCCUGCCCAGAGGAGUACUUGGAGGAUUGUGGCUUGAUCUCCCUCUGGUGGAAAAUUACUGGAACUAAAUUCUUGUGACGUUAAAGAAGACACAUCCAAUAGCAACUAAUAAACUAUGUCAACAGUUACUGUGAUACCUGCUGCUGUUGUUGGUACUGAAGGAAAUGAGGAAAUGGACUCUCUGAUUGUACUGCAUUAUAAUUACACAGGAAAGCUUAUUCUGAAGGAAAAGGCAACUGAUAACAUAGACCUUACAACUGUUGCAUUUCUGAUCCUGUGUAGUUUCAUAGUCCUGGAAAAUCUGAUGGUGUUGAUUGCCAUUUGGAAAAACAAUAAAUUUCACAACCGCAUGUACUUUUUCAUUGGCAAUCUAGCUCUCUGUGAUCUUUUGGCUGGGAUUGUUUACAAAGUAAAUAUUCUUAUGUCUGGGAAGAAAACACUGAGCUUGUCCUCCACAAUCUGGUUUAUUAGGGAAGGCAGUAUGUUUGUUGCGUUAGGAGCCUCCACCUUCAGCUUAUUAGCAAUAGCUAUUGAACGACACUUGACAAUGAUUAAGAUGAGGCCUUACGAUGCAAAUAAAAAAUACAGGGUGUUCCUUCUCAUUGGAACCUGCUGGCUUAUUUCAAUCUCUUUGGGUGCCUUGCCCAUCCUUGGCUGGAACUGUAUAAACAACUUGCCAGAUUGCUCAACGAUUUUGCCUCUUUACUCCAAGAAGUAUGUUGUAUUCUGCAUUAGUAUCUUCAUAGCCAUUCUGGUAGCCAUUGUUAUCCUUUAUGCACGCAUCUACAUCCUGGUAAAGUCCAGCAGCCGUAAUGUCACUAACCAUAACAACUCAGAGCGGUCCAUGGCACUCCUUAGGACUGUUGUGAUUGUUGUUAGUGUCUUCAUUGCCUGUUGGUCACCAUUGUUCAUUUUGUUCCUUAUUGAUGUGGCCUGCCAAGUUAGGGAGUGCUCUGUUCUGUUCAAAGCCAACUGGUUUAUAGCUCUAGCCGUCAUCAAUUCUGCAAUGAAUCCUAUAAUCUAUACUUUGGCUAGUAAGGAAAUGCGUCGAGCUUUCUUUCGACUUGUUUGUGGGUGCCUGGUGAGAUCCAGGGCAGCCAGAUCUCUGUCUAUCCAGCCCACACCAGAUCACAGCCGAAGUAAAUCCAGCAGCAGCAACACCCCGAAGCCAAAGGAUGAUUUCCCGCAGAUGAGCAUUCCCUCAUGUGUUAAUGAGAAACAUGAGUCUUCAUUUUACAAUGGAAGCUUCUGUAAGUAAAGUAUUCCUCAAGACAAGGACCUUUCUGUGGCUUAGAAUUAAACUACAAGUGUAGUUUAAGUAUUUGUGCACUUGAAUUGUAGGGGGAAACACUAAAUUAUUUAAGGACUUCAUCAUCAUCAGUUUGCUUUGCAUGUCUUUCAGUAAGGCAUCUGAUUGAGAAAAGACUUUUCAUGGUACUCAGCAGUCAGUACAGUGACCAUGCACAUCUGCUGACAUUGUGACUGCGAUGGCAUUACAUUGUGAAGCUGUGUUUGAUGCCACCUGAUCCUUCAGGACAUCAGUAAAACCUGUUACAUUCAUUAAAUGUUCACAAAAUAAGUAAAACUUCAGCAUUCACUAAAUGCUGCUGAUAAUGAAAAAAAAACGAGUCUGAUUUUUGCUGACUCAGAGAAAAGCUCAUUCCAAAUACUGGGGAUUAUAAUUCUCUGUAUCUUGCUGUUACAUUAAAGGCCUUGCUAGUAUGUGAUAUAAAUAGAUGUAUAUUUUUUACAAUACCAUAUUAAAAAGUCAUUGAAUGGUUAGAGUUAACUGUAUUUUAAACAUAUUGUAGUAUAGAGUAUAAGGUGACAAAUUAUAGUGAUAGAUGUGUUCCAAAGGGGAUUUUUAAAAUACAUGAAGUAGUAGCUUUUACUGACAAACUUCAAUGCCAUAUCAAUGCAGUAUUUUAUGUUUCCACUGUUACUCAAACUUUUCAUGUUUAGUGAAAGACAACAUGACAGUUGUCACUGUGACAUUUCACAAUUUAUUUUAAGCACUCAGUAGUAAAUAACUAUUGUGAAAGUCUAUAUAUGUUUGCUGUUUAAAUCAGCUAAAUUGUGAACCAACCAUAAACAUAUCAAGUGUGUGUAAUAGUUCAAUGUGUAUGCUUUUACUUACUAUUUUUAGUGUAUUUAAAAAUGCAUGUAAAACCUAUAUAAACCUAUGUACCUUGUGAAUGUGCUACCUAAACUGCUUCAGUUCUGAAGCACAGAUGUAUCAUUUCAGAGACAGUGAACCACAACCUGGUUCUUGUGGAGUUCCUUGUUCUCCCUCUGGGCGCUACCACAGCAUGGGAUUGUGAAAUAAAUUCUCCCUGGGAAGAGGCCCCACCAGUAGGAUGAAAUUUCUGGCAGUGGGACAUCGUGUUUCUGUUGUCUCUGAACACCUUUGUGGAUGCAGGAGGGAAGAUGCAGUACAAGAGUCAUGCUGAACGGCAUCACUCAAUUUAUACCAGACCCUGCCUUGGAUCUGGAAUGAGGGCCCACUCAGUUCAGAAGACCUUCCAAAUUUGCAGGAGCGUUAGAAUCAUCUUUCUGAGGGGAUGGUCCAGAGAAACCUCUAUGAAAACAGUAGGCCUUGCCAGACUUGGUGUAGGAUGCUGUUUGGCAUCACUAAGACCUAGAGUACAUAGGACUUAAUAGGCGUAAGUUUAUGUGGCCUGUGGUACUUCUAUCCAGGUAGUUUACAGCUAGAGGCUUUGCUGUAGGCUUUCCCUUCAGUGGAAGGGAAAUACUUUACUUUUCAGUGAAAACAUCUAAUUUUCUUGGGCUCUUUCAAAGAUUCCUGUUUAAUGUCUCAAACCACACUUCACCUUAAUCACUAUCAGAGAGGUUGAGGCUUUUUUAAUUAAUAACUUGUAGGACCUCAUCCUUAGCUUGAGUCUGAUCUUCAUCUUUCUCAACAGCAUUAAGACUCUUUCCAAGCAUGUAUAGUGUGCAAGUGAUGUAACGUGUGUCGCAAAUGCCUUUAAAAUAUAGAGGUUUGCAUUGUGAUUAUCUUUACAAGUUAGCAGUGAUGUUUUCUUGUUGUUAAUAAAGUGUAAGAACAAGGAAGAAUAUAGACUGCAUUUGAACAAAAUGUGAAAGAGAAUACUAAGUAUGAAUAACUUCUACCAAAAUGAUAUAACACAGGGCAUAUGCAGAGAAAGAACCAGCUAAACAAACCUUACCAUGAAUAGGAGCAUUAACUGCAGAUAUGGGUGAGGUCAGCAGCUCUGUAGGUUUUCUAGAAAUAGAACUAAUAUCACUGUUUUGUUGUGGCAUAAGUUUUUAGGUGCUAUAGUGCUAUUUGUGUGUAUUUUCAGUGUUGAAGAUCUGCCUUGAAGUUGCCUGUUUGGAAACUGCCUGCUAAAAUGUUAAUGUGCUCCUAAGUGCUAGCUUAUGAAGUGUCCACAUGUAACAUUUCUUGCUUUUUAUAAAUGAAAAAGGCUGAAAAGACAAGACAGCUGAUGGAGAAAAUGUUGUUGUUCCACACCAAUGCUCACGUUGUGUUAUGAUGUUACAUGAUAUUCCAUAUUUAGGUGAAAAAUAAAUAUUGCAGUAGCCAAAAUCUAGAAA